UCUAUGAUAGGAACAUGCACCUUCAGAAUCGCUCUUCUGCAAUUUGGCUUUUGACUAAUCGCUUGAUGAUGAAACUAAUUGAAAGAUCCUUGCCUGGUCAACGCGAGGUCAACGAGUCUCGUUUUCUGACACGAAUCUUUGGACAAGACCGUAUCAAUCCCAAGCUCACCUUCACCUUCCUCGUACGCUCGGACCCGGCUUCCUUCUCUAGUUUUCCUGUUUUCACCCCUCCUCAAAUCCCAAGAACUCAAAUCUCACAGAAAAGGAGCAUCAGGAUUUUGGAGUUUUCUGAUUCUCUCUUUCUUCAUGACCUUGUUUUUGUCAAUUACUCCAUGGAAGAAAUGAACAAGUCCAAGAGUUUCCUGCAUAAUUUAGUCAAGACAUUCAACAAGUUUGUGCCCUAUCGAGAGAGACAGAGUGAGGAGGACUUGGAGAGGAUGGCUGCACAGGAACAGAAGUUCUUUACUUUUGAAACAUUAGUCUCUGCCACUAAAAAUUUCCACCCAGCACACAAACUUGGUGAAGGUGGUUUUGGACCUGUUUACAGGGGAAAGUUGGAUGAUGGAAGAGGUAUUGCUGUGAAGAAGUUGUCACAUAGUUCAAAUCAGGGAAGGAGAGAGUUCUUGAAUGAGGCAAAGUCAUUGGCAAGAGUGCAACACCGGAAUGUUGUGAAUUUGUUAGGAUAUUGUAUACAUGACAGAGAGAAGCUACUGGUUUAUGAAUAUGUGGCUAAUGAAAGCCUUGACAAGAUACUCUUCAAAUCCUACAGACGAGCAGAGCUUGACUGGAAGCGAAGAUUUGACAUAAUCAACGGUAUUGCGCGGGGAUUGCUUUACCUUCAUGAAGAUUCGCACUGCUGCAUUGUCCACCGUGACAUCAAGGCGAGCAAUAUUUUGUUGGAUGGCAAUUGGGUUCCCAAAAUUGCUGAUUUUGGCAUGGCCCGGAUCUUCCCUGAAGAUGAGACGCAUGUAAACACUCGCGUAGCUGGUACCAAUGGUUAUAUGGCUCCGGAGUAUGUCUUGCACGGGCAUCUAUCGGUGAAGGCUGAUGUAUUUAGCUUUGGUGUGCUGGUUUUGGAGCUGAUCAGUGGCCAGAGGAAUUCGAGUUUUAGUCUCAAUGUCGACGCACAGAAUCUUCUUGAUUGGUCAUAUAAACUGUUCAAGAAAGGGAGGAGCUUGGAGAUUAUGGACUCAACAAUGGCAUCAUCGGCAGAUGCGGAACAAGUAGCAAUGUGCAUUCAUAUAGGGUUGCUAUGCACACAAGGUGAUCCAAAAUUACGCCUCGAAAUGAAGAGAGUGGUAGUUAUGCUAUCAAAGAAGCCUGGCACUCUAGCUACACCGACGAGACCUGGAGCACCUGGUUCUCAACGCAGAAGAUCUCAUAGGCCUGCAGCAUUGUCUUCGACGGCUGGAACCUUCAGUGCAUCCGAACCUGGUACAUUUGGUUCAAGCACAAGUACUACCACUGGAAGCACUUCAAUCCAAACAAUCUCUGGAGGAUUUGAUCCACAUGGAAAACGACCCAUGCCAAUGUAGGUUAUACCAUUAUAAGCAGAUUUUGGUUAUUCUUGAUUUUUUUUAGCCAUAUAUUACUGGGUCCUUUAAUUAGCUUGUAAGAGCAUCCACAUCAGAUUACCUAAACAUGAGUCUGUCUGUAAAAUUUAGAGAUUUUGUCAAAAUAGAACUCUGCAUCAGAUUACCUAGAGGUUCCCUAU